AUGUCUUCUUCCUCCUCACCAUCCUUCCAAUCCGCCCUCCUCGCCGGCGCCCUCGCCGGAACCACCGUCGACCUCUCCCUCUUCCCCCUCGACACCCUCAAGACACGGCUCCAAUCCUCCGCCGGCUUCUUCCCCUCGGGCGGCUUCUCAGGCAUCUACCGCGGCAUCGGCUCCGCCGUUGUCGGAUCCGCCCCCGGCGCAGCCUUCUUCUUCUGCACGUACGAAACUACAAAGAGCUUUCUCGGACAGCGAAUACGACGAAAUAGCAGCGACAACGACAACGACACAGGAAAUGUAUGGGUACCAGCGGAUAUCCUCACGCACAUGAUUGCCUCCAGCCUGGGCGAAAUCGCCGCCUGCUCUGUGCGUGUGCCCACCGAGGUCGUCAAGCAGCGCGCCCAGGCCGGCCACCACGGCGGCUCCUCCGCAAAGGCCCUGGGCCACAUCCUCAGCCGGUACUCGGCCGCGGGAGGGGGGCUCUUCGCUGUGUGGCGCGAGCUGUACCGCGGCUGGGGCAUCACCGUCUUCCGCGAGGUGCCCUUCACCGUCAUCCAGUUCCCGCUGUGGGAGGCCAUGAAGGCAUGGGGUCGCCGGCGCCGCAACGACGGGCGGGACGUCUCGGCCGGAGAGAGCGCCAUCUACGGCAGCUUAGCGGGAGGCGUGGCCGCCGCGUCGACGACGCCGCUCGACGUGCUCAAGACGAGGGUCAUGCUGUCCAAGGAGCGCGUGUCGGUGGGCGAGGUGUUCCGGCGCAUGGCGCGAGACGAGGGCGUCCGACCCUUCUUUGCGGGCAUUGCGCCGCGCGUGACGUGGAUAUCAAUUGGCGGAGCGAUAUUCCUGGGGAGUUACCAGUGGGUCAUCAACACUAUGAACACCAUACAAUCAUGA